CGCGCGGCAGGAUGGCGGCGGCGGCGGCGGCGCUGAGCGGCGGCGACUUCUCCGACCUGCGGGAGAUCAAGAAGCAGCUGCUGAGCGUGGCGGAGCGGAGCCGCGAGCGCGGGCUGCAGCACAGCGGGAAGUGGGCCUCCGAGCUGGCCUUCGCCCUGGACCCGCUGCCGCUGAGCGAGCUGCCGCCGCCGCCCGCGCUCACGGAGGAGGAUGCUCGUGAUUUGGAUGCCUAUACAUUAGCCAAGUCUUACUUCGAUCUAAAGGAAUAUGACAGGGCUGCAUAUUUUCUGCGGGGCUGCAAGAGUCAGAAGGCUUACUUCUUGUAUAUGUACUCUAGAUACCUGUCAGGAGAAAAGAAGAAGGAUGAUGAAACAGUGGAUAGUUUGGGACCUCUGGAAAAAGGGCAGGUAAAAAAUGAAGCUUUACGAGAAUUAAGAGUAGAGCUUAGUAAGAAACACAAAGCACGAGAACUGGAUGGAUUUGGCCUUUAUUUGUAUGGUGUUGUGCUGCGGAAGCUGGACCUGGUGAAAGAAGCCAUAGAUAUAUUUGUUGAAGCUGCUCAUGUCUUACCUUUGCACUGGGGAGCCUGGCUGGAACUUUGCAACUUGAUCACAGAUAAAGAGAUGUUGAAGUUCCUGUCCUUACCAGAUACAUGGAUGAAAGAGUUCUUUCUUGCACACAUUUAUACAGAGCUGCAGCUGAUAGAGGAGGCUCUGCAGAAGUAUCAGAGUCUCAUUGAUGCAGGAUUUUCCAAAAGCACUUACAUCAUCUCUCAGAUUGCAGUUGCCUACCACAACAUCCGAGAUAUUGACAAAGCUUUAUCCAUCUUUAACGAGCUAAGAAAACAAGACCCUUACAGAAUAGAAAACAUGGACACUUUCUCCAACUUGCUGUAUGUUAGGAGCAUGAAGCCUGAGUUGAGCUACCUGGCUCACAAUCUCUGUGAGAUAGACAAGUAUCGUGUUGAGACCUGCUGCGUAAUUGGAAAUUACUACAGCUUACGCUCCCAGCAUGAAAAAGCAGCACUCUAUUUCCAGAGAGCCUUGAAACUAAAUCCUCGGUAUCUGGGAGCCUGGACACUUAUGGGACAUGAGUAUAUGGAAAUGAAGAACACAUCUGCAGCUAUUCAAGCUUAUAGACAUGCAAUAGAGGUGAACAAAAGGGACUACAGAGCCUGGUAUGGCUUGGGGCAAACCUAUGAAAUCCUCAAAAUGCCGUUUUACUGUCUCUAUUACUACCGACGGGCCCACCAGCUCAGACCCAAUGACUCCCGUAUGCUGGUUGCUCUAGGAGAAUGCUAUGAGAAACUCAACCAGUUGGUGGAAGCUAAAAAGUGCUAUUGGAGAGCCUAUGCUGUUGGAGAUGUGGAGAAAAUGGCAUUGGUGAAACUGGCAAAGCUGCACGAACAGCUGAAUGAAUCUGAACAGGCUGCUCAGUGCUAUAUCAAAUACAUCCAGGAUAUCUAUUCCUGUGGGGAAAUAGUGGAGCACCUGGAGGUCAGUACUGCCUUCCGUUACCUGGCCCAAUACUACUUCAAGUGUAAGCUCUGGGAUGAAGCCUCAGCCUGUGCUCAGAAAUGCUGUGCAUUCAAUGAUACUAGAGAAGAAGGGAAGGCCCUGCUGCGGCAGAUCUUACAACUUCGCAACCAAGGAGAAACCUCGUCCGCAGAAAUUGCUGCUCCCUUUUUCCUCCCUGCAUCACUGUCAGCCAACAACACUCCCACACGUCGUGUGUCUCCCCUCAAUCUGUCUUCUGUUACACCAUGAACAAUGCUGAUACCUCUAAACUAACCUGUGCACUGAAUGUGACAUUGCAGAUGGGGCUUGUUCCUGUUACUGCAACUGAUUUCUUUCCAGUGAAAUUUUUUCAUUCAGUGCUGCCUUCACUUGGAAGGUAGGAAUUAUUAGAGCCUGCAGCUGAAGACAGGUGUGCCCAGACAGGCAAAGGUGCAGCCUACAUGAAAGUGCCUAUGCUGAGACAUCAGAAUCUGCUGUACUUCUCAUCAGUCAUUCCAGUCAGAGGGCAGACUUAUUUCAAUACACGAUUACUCAUAACUGAGAGUGGGUGAAGAGCUUGUCUGCUUGAGUUAAAACAUAUUUGAAGUUUGCUGAUUCUACCCUGUUGCCUCUGGCUUUACUGAACUUCUCUGGAGGACCUCUUAGCGGUAUUAUUGCUGCCCACAUCAGAAACUGCUACCUGCCUUGGCUGCUUAUGGACUUUUAGCUAUGUUCGACUACAUGGAAGAUGUUCCACUAAAACAGUAUGGGGCACUUAGAUCUGCCCUGUGCUGUGUGAGGGAGGAAACAGAAUUUAGAGCUGGAAAGUGUCAGAGGAAUUUCAAGUAGCCACAGAUGACAGCUGAUUGUUGUUCAAUCUGUGGUUCUGACAGAUAUUUUGACUUCGGGUAGAAAAGCAGCCAGUAGGAUAGUACAAUUAAAAAAAAAAAAAAAAAAAAAAAAAAAAGAUUAAGUUACUGUCCUUGGGCUUCUUCAUAGUGAAACCUUCAUGUGUACUGUAGCAAAUGAAAUUGGAUGAACUGGGAUGGAUGGUUUUUCUUAGAUCUGGUGGACUGUAGGAUGCAGGGGAUUCCUCCCCUCUGAGUCUGCUGGGUGCAAGAUGUUCUCACGUCUGGCCAAUACUGAGGCUGAGUGUGAGUCCCAGAGAUGCAUAUGUGCACCCAUGCACUGCAGACAUGGCAAUAAACAGACAGAUUAACACAGACAAGAGGACAGUGCCUUUACAGGCACUCGGAUAAAACAUGAACUGCAGAAGUAGCCUGAUCUUGUUCCCGCUUGCUGACUAAUCGGGCUUAAAGUUUGCUAAUGGAACAUGGAUAUGCUCUCAGUGACUUAGUUCUCAUGCAUGCUUAUGUUCACAGGUCUCUCCAGUCUCUCACUGAGACCUUAAGCCUUUCCAGUGUCCAUGUCUGGAUUUUAAGCAUUCAGAAAAAGAAAUGCAUUCAAGGUAGGGAGCACACUCACACAGGAAAUAGCAGUAGAGUUUAAUAGAGGUGUAGAACACGCUAUGGUGAUUAAGCACAAUGCUCGGCCAGGCAGAGGCUACUGACCAGCAGUCUGCUUACUCACAAUUGUCUGCUCUUAUUCUCCCUGCCACUUCCAUUUUCUCAUGCUUCUUUCUCCCUGAUGCACCUGCAGCACUUUCUUGAUCUUUGAUCUUUCCCCUAAACAUUCUAUGAUAGAUUUUACAUGGUCCCACAAUCCCCUUAGAGCAGAUUUGCUCUUUCCUUUAAGACCCUUUCUAAUAAGCCUUACUGGUUAUGGAGUUUCUGCUUAAGUCUCUUCAAAGUUACACUGGAGUCCUCUCUUUAAUGGCCCAUGGACCUAUGUCUUAAGGGUUCUGGUAUCAGGUACUGUCUCAGUUACCUGCUGUUAUCUAUCUGUGUGCUUAAUUUACCACCUUAUCUUUUAUAUUGAACAGCGGGUAACCAGAUAUCCUUACGCAUGUAUGUAGUCUGUUCACAGUUUCACUAAGGUAAUGAAGAAUAGAGGUCAACAGCUUUGCUGACUUUGAUUUGAAUUAUCUUGCUCAUUGACGGGUAGGGCCCUUCAAACAAAGACAGCAUCAUGUUUGGGCUUUACUUGCCUGGGAGAAAUACGAUUUUGUUUGAGCAGUGACUUGUGAAAAAACACCAACAGUUUGGGAUAGUAUCAGUUGAUUUAUGACCUGCAGUCUGACUUCAACCAAAUUCUCUCAGUUCUAUUCAGUUUCAUCUUGUAAGCUGGAUACAACUUGGAGCUGUUUCUAAAGUACUUGAUUUCUAUAAAUGUUUGGUAAUGAGCAGUUAUGAAUAAUCUGCAGAUGUUUCUUUCUAAACAAAUUCCAGUUUUCUCAGGCAUAUCUAAUAGCUGAAUCUCCCAUUUAGUUCUGAAAUUUAAGAUUUCCUCAGGAGGAAAUGUUCCAAAUUUCAACUGGACAUCUUUUAAAGAGGAUUAUCCAAACUGUGGUGUUUGUAAAGGUCCUGCAUUAAAUUUGGUAUUGGGAUAUUACUGUGGGAGGUUGUCUAUAAGAACUCUGUUCGCUACAUCUGAAUAGCAGAACUACUUUCAGCUGAUGCAAUGUACCUUGUCUGCUGAGUUUUUCUAAAAGGCCUUCAUUGUCAGGAAAAUCACUGGAAUUUGGAAGGCAACUCUUCCAAAUACAUCUACUUUAACUACCUAUCUGAAAAGAUGCUGUAGGGUUGAACAGUUAUGACUAAGUUGCGUUGUCAGGAUGCACUCAAGCCCAAGAAGGAUUGCGAGUUCAUUUCUUCUCUCUUACCCUACACAGAAGUAGAGGUUACCUACUGUUUUAAGACUGAAGAUGGAAUGGGUUCUUGUUUUGGAAUGUGGCCUAUUAGUAUAUUUAGAACCACAGACCAGCCUACCAGUUUUUUUGAAUGUUCUAGUACAUAUACUAAAUAAGAUUGUCACAUCUUGUUACAAACAUCAGUGACCUAUGAAAAACAUCAGUAGUUUGUAAUAACAAUUGGUGAUCAGUUCUUACGCUAUCUACAGAGCAAGUUCUAAUGUAAAUUACACAAUUAAUGCAGCAAAGCAAAUCUAUUAGUUCUGUCUUUCCCUUCUGGUAAACUUACAAGCUUUAUAUUUACUGUAAAUAAUCCUUAAACUUAUGGAAGCAUUCUAAUGGAGGAGGCAUAGAAAAACAAUGGUCAAAAUCUUAGUAUUUUCUAGGAACAGUUGGUCUUACUGCAGAGAACUGUUAACACUGGCCCCUUAAUGCUUUGUUAGAGCUUGCAUGAAAAACAAGAAUUUCCAAGUUCUAUUUUGUUACUAUAUUCAUAGAUCUCUUUAAAGGAGAUAGUUUUUAACAUGAAUCUCAUUUACCAAUUAAUGUUGUGCAUCACAGAGUUAAAUUUUAGAAACAAUUAAGCUUUGGUUUCUAGACAGGUAUAAGUAUCCUCCAGUACUUACUUACACAGUUUUCCUUCUGUGUUAUUUCUAUUCUGAUUCAGUCAUAAUACUUUAUUAUUCAUUAUUCACCUCUCCUAGAGUCCUUCUCUACUUGCACACUUGCUUGAAAGGACGUUGCUGAAAUCAGCAAUGCUAUCAGUAGGUCUAGCUAUUUCUCCUCAAGUUAUUGUCCUUUGGAGGAUCACCUUGCAGAACAAUGUGCCAAAGCCAUCAGUUACUGUAUUUUUUUAAACACUUUUACAAAUCUUUAACUGCAAUUAAAGAUUGCUUUAGUCUUUGUUUUAGUGCUUCUAGCUCAUAUGCUGUUGGACUAGCUUUUUCCACAAUUGCAACUGGCCCGUGUUAUUUCCUGGACAAUCUGUGUGAGGUUUCACUGAUAUCUUCUAACUUGAUCUCUUGCAUUUCAUUCUGUGCAGAUUCGGAGCUUUCCAAAUCUUCUGUUUCUGAAGUUGUGGCCCGGUUGGAUAGUUGUCUCUAUCUAUUUCUGCCCUUUGAUUUAUUAGUGUAUGUAGCCACUGAUCAGAUAAUACUUUUUGCUACCAUUCACCCAGUGCUUUACUGUCAGUCCACCAUUGCUACAGUGUUCUUGUUUCUCAGCCAGCGAUUGUCACACGAGGACACAAUUCACAAGGAAGGAGCAGAACAGAGAAUCAACACGGUGCAGGAGCUGGGACAAGAUCUUCCUUCAGCUGUCAGGACUUUCGACUAUUCUGUUCACACUCCCAUAUUCUCCUGUGCUCAAGUAACAUAGUAACCAAAGCUUGACUGUUAUUUAGGCAGUCUUUCUUAUGCUUUAAUAUUCUUGAUUGUGAGUCAGAGCCCCUUUUCUGCUGCUUUUGCAUAUUUAUAUUGCCUUUGCAGUGGCAGAUACUGACCUGUUACCACUACCUGAGCAUGAAUUUGUCCACAUUCCAAGUUAUCUUUGCUCAAACCUUUAAGUUCUGAAUCCACUUGUCUGCCCUCCUAAUGUUUCAGUGGUACUUGGAUACCUGCAACAGGUGUGUUUUGAUGGAAUCCUCUGUUUCUCUCCCAUAUAGCCAGGCAGCUGCCGAACACAACCGUUUGCUGAAUCCAGAGUUAAACUAUUUUUCCUGAAGACAGUAAUCUCUAAAAUUCUCCUGUUCAAAAUUCUGUGCUUGUUGAACACAGUAAAUCUCCGUAGUUACCAGUUGCACUAUCUGAAUAUGAAAUAGUUCUAAAAUCUUCAUUUCUUCUCAGUGUCAGGUAUAUGAUACAAGCUGCAUUGUUUAGUGAUUUUGGAGGUCCCGUCCAGGGCGCAGGGUUCUUACAGUACACUGAGACUCCUGUAUCUAUAACCAUUUUGGGGCAAUGUGUACUCCCAUUCUUCCCAGCUAAAGCUCUAAUUGCUGGUUGCCCCCAUAAAUCAUACACCAGCCUAGUCAGUAGCCCGUGAGGGUCUUGGAGAGUCGGGCAUGUCUAUAGUGCAGAAUCAAACAUAGAUCUGUCUGAACCAGCCUUUGCUCUUUUCUCUCUUGGCAGCUCCUGUUUAGCAGUUGUUCUGCAAGGGGCACGUGCUCAAUUUCAGAUAUUCGUCUUCUUUACUCCUCAGUUCAUUCCAUAUUAGACUCCAAUUCUUAGAUUAUUGCUUACCUGAUCCAUUUCAAAUUCCUCUAAGAAAACCCUUGCCUCUUCCUUGAUCUUGGGAAUAGUGGCUUUCCUCAGUUACCUUGUUUAUUCCAGGCAGGUGGCCUGUUGUUAGCAAAGGUGAUUGCUUGGACUGUUUUACAGAUUUUCUUCCUCUAAGUCUUUCCUUACCUGUCUGUACUGUAUAAAUCUGUCCUGCUUGAAUGAUUUUUACUAAUUUUUUCCAUCUGUUACCAAGAUAGUUCCCUCAACUAAAGGGGUCAAAAAUGCCAUAACGUAGCCGGAAUCUACCUUGUGGCCCAUCCCUUAUUUUAAGUACAAAUGGCUGGAGUCCAGCUGUACAUAUCUGUUAACCGUGACUCCUGUCUUGUUACAGGACGGGAUGUGACCUUGCUUUGUGGUUUUUUUUGUUUGUUUGUUUGUUUUGUUUUUUCCUGUUUGGACAUUCAGUGUAGUAUAGUGCAUCUUACUAUGAUUCCUAUGUAUUUAUUUACUUUUAAUCUUUAAAAAUAGUGGAGGAAAAAUUCCAUAUUCAUAUGAUGUAUUUUUACAAGUCUUUUCGUGCUGAGCUUCAUACAGUAAAUGAACACUGAUAUUUAAUAAAGAGAUGCUGGGUUUUCUUUUAAUCUAACUAGUAAUUAUGAAAACAAAAACCCAUGGCAUGGCAAAUGCUAAUACAGUGCAAAAUGUUACUACCUGCCUGCAUAAUCUAGCAAGGGAGCGUGGAAAAGCAUCACAAACAUUCCUUCUUUGGAAAUACUGUGUAUUCCUUACUAGGGAGGGAAGAGCCCUGAUUUUUUGCAGCAGGACCUCUGUGCACAUCCAUUAACGUGGGUCACAGUGAGGAGUGCAGUGGGCUAUCUGUCCACCCACCAUGACAUGACCUGCCUCCUUGCCCCAUCAGCCUUGCUGCUGGCAGAAGGGUCUGGGGAACGUUGAAGGUUUUCUGUUACUACACCCGUGGGCAGAGGACCGGAUGACGGUAUGUUUGAAGGAUGCUGACAGGAGAUGGUCACAAGCUGCACGUGCUGGAGCGGGUGCUGCCUAGUGCAGCCCCUCUUACAGCAGUGCUGCCGCGUGAGCGUGGCCCGCUGCAGGGGAGCAUCCCCUGGGUGGGAAGGGCAGCACUGGCUCAUGGGCAACAAGGGCCACGUUCCUGGCCUGUACAGGGACCGCAGCGAGCCCAGGCUGCAGCGGUGACCACAGCAGUGUGCCCGGCAGCACCGUUCUGCUGUAGGAAGGUGACGGUGACUUACUCCUUACGUGGGGAGAGAGUGCAAGAAGCACUAGUUGACAUAGCAUCAGUAUCAGCAUUAUAACUAAAGCUGGAACUGCAAAGGCAAAAAGAUAAUGACACCUUUGUUUCAGAAUUACUGUGCUUAUUUACCCCUAGAAAUCUAGUACAGCCACUUCCACAUGUUUUAGCGAUGAUUUUAACCACUUCAGUGAAAUGGCAUUUUGGUAGCUCUUUCCCUUUUAUCCAUAGCUUCCUGUGCUCCACGGGAGCAGUGAUUUUGGUGGGCACACCAGGAAACCUGCAGGUAAGGCAGUACCACCACAGGGCUUGGUUCUCUGCGUGUUGUGUGCAGAUAGCAGAGGGAUCCUUUUUCUUAGUUCCGAGUAUUGCUAUAAAUUAUUCUGUCCUGUUUAUGUUCCUGAGCACCCAUCAAACCAGCAUUUCUACAGCAGACAGGCUCAGGCAGCAAAACUGGAUCUUGAUGUAUUUUGCAAACACUCCUAGCUGCUACAUGCAACUGUGAGUGCUUGAGUGAGGCCGUCAGUAAAAUUGUUGUUGCCCUCUGCCCCCACUCGCUUUCCCUUGCGUAGCAGCGUGCCCUUGCUGCUCCCUGACACUGGUCAAGCAAUAGGGAAACUUUGGAUACUUCAGUCACGACAGAGAGAAUACGGUUUGGUCUCUCUUAUCCAGAAGCGCUCUUACUUGCAGGUAGAGAUGGCCAAAGGGCAGCUGGAAUAAGAACAACAAAACCACUCUGUGAGGAGAAAAUAUCCAAAGAUUUGAAAUACCGAAAUCAAAGUCUUUACUGGCACGAGAGAGCUCUGAUUUAUCAGACUAUUCUAACUUGUGGAAUUAUGGAAAAAUAUUUACAUGAGUGAUAAACACAAAGUUUGACCACCCAUAAAAUUUUCAAGUCCCAUUUAAACAUCAUGGAAAUCGGAGCAAUUAAAGCAUUUGAUGAGGGGUUUUUUAUUUCUUUUUGGCUAUGUAGGGAAAAAAAAAGUUUCUCUAGACCUGUUUUUGAAAAGAGAUUAAAUGUGUUACCUGAGGUACUCCAAAAUGUUGCAGCUAGAAGCAAAUGCCUGCCCAUUUGUUGGAGAUCUUCAGGCCCAAACUGUUGAAGUUUGGCAAAGGGAUAAGCAAUUGAAACCAAUCCUACAACACAAAAUGUAAGGCAUUCAUAAUACUAAUAAGCAUUAUGUAAAGCUGUACCCUGUAAUUCAAUUACCAAGAACUGCUAAUAGUGAAUAUUAAAUAUCCAUAUAAAUAUUUGUCCAGGCAUAACAGUAUUCAUACAAAUGAAUACAGGUAUUGUAUGAAGCACAGCCAAGUCUGGGAGAGUCGCAUGGAAAUCAUCCUGUCCCCAAAGAGCAAAUACUAAGGAAAAGAGCAAAUAUUAAGGAAAGAAGAGCAAAUUGAACAACUGUUCAGGACUUUAAAAUAUGUUCAUCAACAUGAUUUCUGUAUUUGGUCACUUCUACUAAUAUGUGUGGCUGAGUAAGAUUUUUUUUUAGUGUAGUCAUUUAUUUCCUUGCUUAAAAAAUUAGUUAGUUAGUUGUUUUGUCAGAAUGAAAUGUUUCUGCUUCCAUGUGCAGUUGAAAUGUUUUCAAACCAUGAAUGCAGCCAUUUUCACCUGCUUGUAUUUGCUUAAUAAACUGAGGCGUUUCUUUA